UUUUGGAACAUGUCCUGAUCCAUGUUGGGAGGCUGGGGAGUGGCAGGGAUGCUCUGGAGGGCGGAUUCUGCCUCUUUGUAGAGCUGCAAGUGCAGGUGUUCCCCUUGGUCCUUACCCAGAGCAUCAGACCCUGAACCCUGAGCUGAGGUUUACUCAGUGAGGGAGUGAUAUCAAAGCUCAACCCCGAGUAGGGGAUUUUCACCCUGGCACCUAAACCCACCCUCUCUUGAAGCUUGAUUGCCAAAAAGGUCCUUGUCAGUGUUCUCUGCGGUGGAAUGCAGUGAGUGCAUCUGCAGGAGUGGCUGUGGUUUGGUGUCACGCGUUUCUGUAGGACACGGCUGAGAGGGGUGCUCGGUGGUGUGGAAAUGGAGUCCCAGAUCAGCAUCACGGUGGCUCUCCCUGUGCUCUCCCUCCUGUGUAAGGGGCCCUGUUCUACCUUUGCUUUGUCCUGCUCCUGAAUAAUGGAAGGGCUGUAAACAGAUCCUGCCUGGCUCUCUGGUUUCCUAGGGGAGACAGGAAGGCUUGACCACCAUCCUCACCCUGCUCCUGACCUUGUCAGGGAUCCGGUGUCCAACAGGAGCUCAGCUGGGUAAGGCAAGGCCUGGGGGCUUGGGGAAGGGGGCUUGGCCCUGCUGUAGGUCCCCUUGUGCCUCUCCCAUCCCAGUCCCUCUGCUCUGGCCCCAAGUGGGGGAACUGGUCCUCCCCAGCCCCCUGAGCUGGGUGUGCCUCUGCAGCCACGGGACCCUCUCAGAGCAGCCUUUGCACCUGGCGCUUCUCUUUCUUCUUCAGCUUAUUCUAAAAGCAAGCAAAAAUAUGCCUUUUAGCCUCAUUUCAGCCACCUCCCUGUUUCCCCUGGUCAAAUAUUUCGGUGAGCAGAGCGUGUUAGGGCUUGGGGCCAGAGGGAGGUUUAAGAGCAGCUCUGGGUGCCAGGCUCUGGUUGGUUCCUGGGCACUGGGGCUAUACUGUGGCCCUCACAGGGAGCAGGUGGAGGGACCCUUUUUCAGCACCCAAACACCAUCUGAGACUUGCUCCAUAACAGACAGGGAUGAAUAACAGACUGAAUGAACUGGCUCAGGCUGGGCUUGUGGCACUUUCUUUGCGGGCAAGAGGAUCCAGGGUGUUUGCCUGGGCACCAAGAGCUAUGUCCUAGCUGUGGAUUCCUUUCCUGCUCCAGGCAGGCUUGUGGAUAUGCCUGGAGAGGGUCAAAUCUUGCCCUAACACUGCACCCUGAAGUGGCCUGUGGGGAUCAACAGGGAAUUUGGAGGCUCUGCUGCUCCCCUUGGCCAUGCUGGCUGUUCCUAUAGCAGGGCUGCAGCACCCUGAGCAUUGGGGACCCAGGGCUCUGCUGGUUGUCACAGUCCUCCCCCUCUUCCUUUCUGCAGGGGCAGGAAGGACCAGGUUUCCUUCCUGUGCAGGGUGGGGGUCAGGGGCAGCUGUGGUGAGAAAAGCCCUCCCCCUUCUGCAGCUGCCACCAAGCCCCAUGGUCCUUCACACCCUGGGCCACUGAGCAGCACAGCUCUGCUGGGCUGCACCAUCUCAGCUCCCUUGGUCCUCCUGGAGUCCUCCAACCCCUGCCCAGGUGGGAAUCCUGGACUGCCUCUGCUCCAGUGUAGGUGGGGUGUCCCCACUGAGCCCCGGGGACCCCACUGGGACAGAGCCACCAUAGAAAUGUAAGGAUUUAAACUCAAAUGAUGGAGGAAAAGUGAAAGCCAGCAGAUCCAGGAGCCUGGGGACAUCUCUUCUGCCUUCCCAGCACCAUCAUCUGCUUCCUGCCCUACCUUAUCUCUCUCACAGAGGUGUCUCAGGCUCCAUGUGCUCCCACAGGGAGAGGCUGGGGCUGGAUGUCAUCAUGGGGGAUUUGUAGAAGACAGAGCCUGGCAAGAGACUUGAGGCCUCCCUGAAGGCCUCAGCCAGCAGGGGCCAUGCGAUGCUCCCUGAAACGCUUCUUCAUGGUUCUGCUCACUGCCUCUUUCCUCCUCUUCCUCCUCCUCCAUGGAGGCAGCCGGCAGGAACAGGAUCCCCUGGAGGACCCUGCAGCUGCUGCAGCCGGAGGGAGCCCAGCGCAUCCUUAGGGACACAGGCGAGCUCUCUGCACUCCACAACGUCUCCUACCAGAUCCUUGCUGGCACCCUGGCUCCCCAAAAAAAAUUCCUGGCAGUGGGAAUGGCGUCUGUGCAGAGGCCACGUGGUUUCUACCUCCCAGCCACACUCCAGUCCCUCUUCAGCCAGUCCACAGAGGAGGAGCUGCAGGAGAUGGUGGUGGUGGUGCACCUGGCUGACACUGAUCCCGGCUGGAACGUGCGCGUUGCCGCCACCAUCACCCAGAAGUUCGCUCGCCACAUCCUCCUGGGCCGGCUCCUGCUCAUGCACAGUCCUCCUGAGUUCUACCCCACCCUGGAAGGCCUGAAGAGGAACUUCAAUGAUGCAGAGGAGCGGGUGAAGUUCCGCUCCAAGCAGAAUGUGGACUAUGCUUUCCUGCUCAACUUCGCUGCCAACCUCUCCUCCUACUACCUGAUGAUCGAGGAUGACGUGUUGAGUGCCAGGUCUUUCCUGACAGCCAUCCGCAGGGCACUGGCUUCCCAGGAGGGCUCCAACUGGGCCACCCUUGAAUUCUCCAAGCUGGGCUACAUUGGAAAGCUCUACCGCUCCACUGACCUUCCUCGCCUGGCUCGCUUCCUCCUCCUCUUCUACCAGGAAAUGCCCUGUGACUGGCUGCUGGUCCACUUCCGCCAACUGCUCACCCAGAAGGAUGUGAUCCGCUUCAAGCCAUCCCUCUUCCAGCACAUGGGCCUCUACUCCUCCUUCCAGGGCACCGUCAACCGCCUGGAGGACGAGGAUUUCCAGGCUGAUGCCUUGGACCUCCCAGACAACCCACCGGCAUCCCUGUACACCAGCAUGUCAGUCUUCGAGAACUACAAGCCCCUCAAGGCCUACAGCUCAGCACAGGGCUACUUUUGGGGCAAAGACCCAGCAGCUGGCAGUACUUUUUCCAUCGUGUUCCAGCACCCAGCCCGAGUCAGCCGUGUCCGGGUACGCACGGGCUCUGUGGAGCACCCAGGUGAUUUCCUACGCGCAGGUCUGCUGGAGCUGGGCUGGCGCCGGGACCACAGCCGGGAUUGCUCCUCCUACAUCCCCGUGGGCUCCUUUGAGAAGGGGACCCUGGAGCAGCGGGGCCUGGAGGGAGUCCUGCCUGGGCGUGUGGAAUGCGUGAGGAUCCGGGUGACCCAGGACCAAAGCGAGUGGCUCAUCAUCCAGAGCAUCGACAUCUGGACCACAGCAGGCUCUUGAGCACAACACCUGUGGCAGGAUGUCAAAGCAGCUGGAUUUGGUUCUAAGAAGUCCUUUAUUUUUCACAUGCCCUUUUUGGAUAAGAAAUUAAGUCAUUGACUCCCACUGCCCCAUGUCUGGAGAGAUGGGAACCACUGCUGUGGGCUGUGGAUGGGUCUGGGAAUGGGGCCCAUCAGGAUGUGCCUGCUGGGGGAUAUCCCAGUGAGGGGACACAGGAAGGGGAAGGGGCUUGGGAAUUCAAGGCUGGACAGUAGAAAACGUUUCCUCCUGGGCAGGAUGAUAUACAGUGCAAAGCUAAUCAGCUAAUUAAUAAACCAUGUAAUUAAUCAGGUAUUUUUUGCAGCCUUUCCACACCAUACCUGCCCUAAGUUUUCUUUUUCCAGAACUCUUGAUUUCUAACUCCCUCCUCUCUGAUCCCAUUUCCUAGCUGCUCCCGGAGCACUCAGGGGAAGGUCUGGGGGUGCUGCUCACCAAACUCCUCACCCUGCAGGCUCAGCAGGCUCGUGGCAGUAGCAAGCUUGUUGCCCGGCCAUUUCGCAGUGCCAAUCGGGGGCCACCAGAUGGACCCAUUGGCCUGGCCCUGGGCAGCGCCUCCCACCAGCACUGCUUGUUCCCGCCUGGAAGGCAAAAAAUCAGUUCCCUGGGACCUCGCCUCAUGUCCAUACGAGAUUCACAUGGAGAGGGAAAGACAGGCAAGAUGGGGCUUCCACAAAGGGGGGAAGGCCCAGAACUGAGCACCAGGGAACAAAGAUGAGCCAAGGAAAAUGUGACCUCGGUACAAUAUGGAGCUCUGGAUCUUUUUUAGCUCAGUGAGGUGCUGAAGGGUAACUGGGGUACACACAGGCUCUCAAAAACUGCUGUUUGGGUUUGUCUGGCAGGGCCACCUUGGAAGGCUGGAUGCUCUACUAGCAGCUGCUGGCCCCAGCAGACAGGGCAGUGAAUAGCACCUCUCCCAGUUAGGCUUUAAGCAACAAUUUCUCAGCUUCCUGCAAAGGAAGAAUCCCAGUGUGCUCAGCUUUCCCACGGUAUAGCCCAGAGCAGUAAGUCACUAACCUGUGCCAAGCAAGACUGUGAUCUGCCCAUGUCCCAAGCCUGGUGCUCCUGGAGCAGGACAGUCACUGUCAGCAGGGAGCAGUGCCAGGGACACUCCUGUAGUGCCAUAACCACAGCUCUGGCUUGAGGUGGCAUCAGCUCACCUGCUGGGCACUGGGAGGCAGAUGGAGAGCCCCAGAUCUAGCAUGAUGGGGUUUUUCCCCUAAAAAGAAGCCACUCAGGUAGUAGAUCUUUGUCUGCGUUUAAUAGAGGUGCUACACCAUAAACUCCAAAUGUUUUCAGUGGCAUCAAUACACAUGGCAGAACCACUGCAGCUUCCUCCACACAGCCCAAGUGCUGUCAGAGCUCUUGGAGUGUUCUGAGUGGCUCAGGUGCCCACUUCCCAGGGCCCUGACAGGUGCUUCCAGUGCUCCAGGAGAGCCUUUGCCCCAGCUCUGUUGGACAGAAAUGCCACUGCCCACCCUGGGAGAACACCAAGGGUCACCAGUGUGGGUACAAAUGGAGAGGUUUCACUCCAGGAGGUUUCUAUCUACUGGUAAAGCACAAAAAGAUAAAAAUGCUUUUUACUUGUUGGACUCUUACUGAAGUACAUACUAACAGGUUUUCUGAUAUUCACCUGCCUAGAAGCAGGCUGUAGUCUCAGUUAUGCUGGUGUAAAUCUGGACAGACUCCAGAGGUAUGGAAAUCUCUCCAUUUACAUCAGGAUAAGCCGAAGCAGCAGUGCCCACUGGCAGAAACCCCCUCCCCUUUGUUCCUGUGCUGCACACGUGGCUCAGCACUACAAUGCCCAGGGACCAUCAGUGCACACUGGAGGAGGAGGAAGAGGUGGCUGCUGCAUCCUGGAGAAACAUCACAUAAUUUAUCC